CCAAUAUCAUAACAAGUCGCGCGUUCGUUCAUCUCAUUCAUUCUCGUUAUCUCCAUUUAGUUCUGUUCCCUGAAUCAAAUUAAUUGCUCGCAUAUGACGUGUGCAUUUUAUGUUAGUUCAAUGGUCCAAGCUGUAACUUGACUCAAAGAUAUCCUGUCCUCGUUCUUCGGCCAUGUGAUCCGAUUCUUAAAAUCACACGUCCGUCGGUUGUGUGCCACGGAUUCAGAGCGUGCCAACAAUGCCCCUCCGGAAAUGGCGCAGAGACGAGGCGACAGACCGCUGAGCCGCCACGCCCUGACCGGGCAGGACGGCGUGCAGUACUCCAGCUCCGAGAGUGAGACUUCCGCCCAGCGGUCCGCCUCCUCGGCGUCCUCCGUCGGCUCCGACUGCUCUGCCAGCGACGAGGACAUCCAGCGCUGGGUGCGCUCGGCGGCGCGCUCGCACCAGUACCUGGCCUGCAAGUGCUCUGCGUCCCGGCCGCUGCCCGGCGUCACCGGUUUGGAGAACCUCGGCAACACCUGCUACAUGAACGCUGUGCUGCAGGUGCUGGCGCACACGCAGAAUCUCGUCAACUACGUCGUCAGCGGCCUCUUCCGUGAGGACCUGAACCGGCAGUCGGCCACGCGCGGAGAGGUCGCCGAGGAGGUGGCACAGCUGCUGACCAUCAUCUGGUCGGGCAAGUUCCGCUUCGUUUCGCCGCACCGGCUGCGCGCCGUCAUCGGGGCGCAGCGCGGUGACUUCGGCGGCACACGUCCGCACGAUGCCCACGAGUACAUCCUGCUGCUGCUGGAAUGGCUUCACGACGACCUGAACGUAGCGCCGGAGCCGUCGGGAGCGGCGCCGCUGCCGACGCCGGAGGGGCUGUCCAACUUUGAGGCGGCCGAGCGGACCUGGCGCCAAUUCCGACGCGCCAACGACUCAAUCGUAGUCAACCUGUUCCACGGCCAGCAGAAGUCGACGCUGCUCUGCACGGCCUGCGGCUUCGAGUCAGCCACGUUCGAGACGUUCUCCCUGCUCUCCCUUCCCCUGGCGGCGGGCGCUUCCACGUCGCGCAGCAGCCUCUACCACUGCUUGGAGCAGUACGUCCACGGCGACCUCAUCAACGGCUGGACAUGUCCCAAAUGCCGGCGACGCCACGACGUUUACAAGAAGUUCGACAUCUGGCGCAUGCCGCCCGUCCUCAUCCUGCAUCUCAAGCGCUUCAGCUUCGGUGGCAGCACGAUGCGCAAGGCGCACGGCCACGUGUCCUUUCCUCUGCGUGACCUGGACUUCAGCCAGCUGUCGAUCGGACCCCAUCCAGAGACGCACAGUCUCGUGUACGACCUGUACGCGGUGGUGGAACACCACGGCAGUCCGCACUCGGGACACUACACCGCGUUCUGUUUUAACCAGCCGGCGGCGCGAUGGUUCUUCGUCGAUGACGUCAUGCUCAAGGAGACGGCCGCGGCCAAGGUCAAAGACGCGUCCGCCUACAUGCUCUGUUAUGCUGCUAGGGAUGUGGCGUGAUGCCCCCAGUCGCGUUCGUGUUGUGGGCGGUGUUGUUAAACAGGCAUCUGUACGUCGAUUUAUAUUUUCCGUUGGGCUCGUCAGUUUCCAUUACGUUAAUACUCUUGCUAUCGCCAUGCGCUGAAUCGAUACCUUCCCAUCUUUUCUGAAAUCGAAGAGCAUCCACUCGUGGAACUAUAUCUGCCACCCGCUAUCUGAGCCCCUCUCCUCCAUGGCUUCGGUCAGAACUGGCAAACGAAGCAUAAUAACAUACACGAAACUAUGAAAAUGCAGUUUUUGAUCGCGCCGCUUGACUGCAGGUUUCACAAAUGACAAAAUUUCGCUUAGCGUUCUAUGGAAAAAAGCUUUAAGAUAACUUAAAAGUAAACUAAACCUUUUCUGGUCCCACCACACAAAAAUCACCGAUGAAAAGCAUACGCAUGCGAGAGUCAAGUCCUAUUCUAAAUGCCCAUUGUUCAUGUCUCCAGUUCAGCCGGGUCCGGCCUAGCCCUGCCCUGUCACUUCCCAGCUAUAUAUCUGACCUGUCCUGUCCUGGCUUCUUGGUCUCCCGUCUGGCGCAUCUCGGUUAGUUUGUCCUUAUCUGGUCUGGUCUGGUCUGGCCUGGUUUGAUCUGGUCUGGUCUAGUUUGGUCUGGUUUGGCUUGGUUUGGUUUGAUUGGGUUAUAUUUGGUUUGGUUUAUUCUGGUUUGUUUUAGCCCGAUCUGGUCUGGUGGGGCCCUGGCUGUUUUCGCUUUGACUUGUCCAGACCAGACUUAUCCAGUGCUGGAGAUGUCCUUUUUGCUCCGCGCAGUACAUCCAGUCUAGAGUGAUAAUGCCUUGGAUAUAUCAGCUCUCCCCUGUCCUUUCAUGUCCGAUUUAGCUAUUUUCGCUCCCGGGCCAGUUAGUUUGGAAAUGCUCCUCCUCCUCUGCUCCGUGCUGUCCGGUCCAGUGGGAUUAAUUCCGUUCCGGCCAUCUUUGCAUCUAAGCCUUUUCCGUCCGGUCAGGCCCAAUCAGAUCUGGUCCAGUACAGUCCGUUUCCGGUUCAGGGACGUAGUCAAGGAGACGGCCACGGUGGCGGUAACCUCCUCCCCCCGAGCCAAGGUUUUUACGCGAGACACGGCGUAAUUUCGCUGCAAUUUGGUAUAAAUUUGCAGGACUUUGGAGAAAACUGACUUUGCCCCCCUCCCUGAAGAAAGUGUCCCCUACUUGCGUGCUUGUCCCGGUUCGGUUCGGUUGGUUCGGUUUACUUCAGUUCGAUUCGGUUCGGUUCGGUUCGGUUCAGUUCGGUUCGGUU